AAGCCCUCGGGUGGACUACUACUGAAGAACAGUUCAUGUCGUCCAAAGCCUGCGCCUUUCCAAUCCCAGAUCAAAAGUAAUGCUCAAUCGUCUGAUUUACAAAGCCACAAGAACUACGGUGAAUCGUGCCCUGAAUCUCCAAACAUUUAAGGAAUUUGCAGGAAGAGCUGGUAAAAUGUCUGGGGAAAGUGAUAAUCACAUUACCCGUGUUCUCUUUUGUGGUCCUUAUUUCCCUGCAUCUCAUAAUUAUACAAGAGAGUAUUUGCAAGAAUACCCAUUUAUUAAGGUUGAUGAUGUCCCAGUUAGUGAUAUUCCUGCUGUUAUUGGCGAUUAUCAUUUAUGUAUAGUAAAGAACUUUAGACUGAAUUCAGAUCUUAUUGCUCGCGCCAAUCAGAUGAAGAUCAUAAUGCAGUUUGGUGUUGGGUUGGAAGGUGUUGAUGUUGAUUCUGCUACAAGUUGUGGUGUUAAGGUCGCUAGAAUUCCAGGCGAUGUAACGGGCAAUGCAGCUUCUUGUGCUGAAAUGGCAAUAUAUUUGAUGUUGGGCCUCCUCCGUAAGCAAACUGAGAUGCAACUGGCAGUGAAAAAUAGACAACUUGGAGAACCAGUAGGUGUACCAUUGCUUGGGAAAACUGUAUUCAUCAUGGGAUAUGGGAAUAUUGGGAUUGAUUUGGCUAAGCGUUUGCGUCCUUUUGGCGUGAAAAUUAUUGCCACUAAACGAAGUUGGCCUGUCAGUGAUGACUGUGUUAAUGAUGAUUUGAUCGAUGAGAAAGGCAAUCACAAAGAUAUCCAUGAUUUUGCUAGCAAGGCUGACAUUAUUGUGUGUUGUCUUUCAAUGAAUACUGAAACGGCUGGCAUUGUGAACCAUGAAUUUUUAUCAUCGAUGAAAAAGGGUUGUGUUUUAUUGAAUAUAGCUCGAGGAGGUCUAUUGGACUAUGAAUCAGUUUCUUAUCACCUAAAAUCAGGACAGUUGGGGGGUUUAGGCAUCGAUGUUGCCUGGAUAGAGCCCUUUGAUCCAGAAGAUCCAAUUCUCAAACACCCAAAUGUUAUAAUAACUCCCCAUGUUGCAGGAGUAACUGAAUAUUCUUACAGAUCAAUGGCUAAGGUGGUUGGCGAUGUAGCACUUCAAAUUCACAAGGGGACUCCAGUUACCGGGAUAGAGUUUGUUAAUUGACUGUCAUAAAAGCUAAUGAAGUUUCAUCUUUUCUAUUUUUAGUUUUGUUUUAAACAAUUUACUUGAUUUUGAUUGACUUUUUAAUGUUCUUUUAGGUUUUAGGUAGUUGUUGAACAUUUGAUGGAUUAAUCUGAAAUUCAAACUGAACUCGAAAUGCUAAUUUGGAUUAGCUAUUUUAGUUUGGAUUGAGUUCGGAUUUGAUUAUCUCAAAUUGGAUUUGGAUUAUCUAAA